AUGGAACUUAAUGUUCCUUAUGACCUUCACUUGAUUAACCUCGGUAAAAAUGAGCAAUUCGCUCCAGAAUUUCUAAAAAUUUCUCCAAAUAAUAAAAUUCCCGCCAUAAUCGAUCAAAAUCCUCCGUCAGAAUUUGGUGAAGGUGCUCACCCCAUAUUUGAAAGUGGUGUAAUCCUUCAAUAUUUUGCCGAUUAUAAAAAAGAAGUUGAUCGAUUACUCGAAGUCAUGAACAAACGCCUUGGAGAAUAUAAAUAUCUUGCCGGUGAUAACUACACUAUUGCAUCAUACAAUUGGGUCAUAUAUAAUGAUAAAGUAAAGGCCGCGGAUACUCCUUUUCCAAACAUAAAGGCAUGGUUAGAACGUAUUAGUGAAAGACCCGCCGUAAAGAAAGCAAUGGAAAAGGCUACAUUUCCAAAAUAG